AUGACGACUCGCGCCAUAUGGGAUGAGAUUAGAGUAAAAAUAGACAAAGUUAAUUGGCAUAAUCUAAUUUGGUUUCCUUUCCACAUACCAAAACACAACAUGAUUGCUUGGAUGGCUAUCUUGGACAGACUACCCACUAGGAAUAGGCUUCAACAAAUGGGCAUUAUAACCGAUGGCUUAUGUGUUCUGUGCAAUGAGGAUCGGGAGAUAAGAGACCACCUAUUCCUAAAAUGUCCAUUGGCGGAUUCCCUUUGGAAGGCCAUUCUGCAUCUCUCCGGAUUAAGAUCAACUUCUUUAUCCUGGAACAACUUGUUAGCAUCGAUUUCUCAUGCUUGGAAAGGUAAAUCCCUACUUAUCACUAUUUUGAAACUUGCAUGGUGUGCAUUUCUUUAUUCUCUAUUGGAGGAACGAAACAUAAGGUUGUUCAAAGGAAACUCCAUAAAUGCAGCUGAAAUUCUUAAAGCUAUCAAGACGAUUGUCGGAAUUCAACUAAGAGGUUGA